GCAUGGAGAGGACAACAGGCCAAUAACAAAAGCUCUAGAAAUCAAGGAAGGGUCAACCAUAUUCAGCAUAGCAUCUGCAGGUUACAACCCUUCAAUGCUGCUUCUAGACAACCCAGCCAAGGUUGUCACGGUUGAUAACAACCCUACCCAGAUUGCCUGGUGCAUGCUUUACUUCAGCGCCAUAAAGAAUCUUUCGUAUGAGGAGUUUCGAGGUUUGGUUGGAUUCUGUAAAGGUGCCGCCACCACCCCUGAUGAAAGAGGAAGAAUUUAUGACAGUCUUAGAGGUUCACUGCCAAGUAAAGCAUUGAUUUAUUGGGAUCAUCAUCGAGAAGACAUGACCAAGUCAGGAAUGUAUUUGUUUGCAACUUGCAUUCGUCAAUGGGAUGUGGAAAGAUUAGUCAGAAUAGCUCAUACACAGGAAACUUUGGAUGAGUUUGUAAGUAUGGAAAAUAUUGAUGAACAACGUGUUUUCUAUGACAAACAAUGGGAUACAUGGCGCUGGCGUCAAGCCUUCAUAGAAGGACAUCUGAAUGUUUCACCUAAUAUAUUUGGCCCUUUAAUGGUUCUAUAUCAACAACUUGCCCUAAGGUGGUUGAAUCGCUUCAAAGAUAUUUGCAUGAGUGUUCCAAAUAUGGACAAUCCUCAAAUCGAGAUACUCUUAACUGGUAGAAUCUCAGGAAAAUACAGUUUACCAGAUUUCUGGAAACCAGAAAAUUUCAUCCCGAUUCGUGAGCGCCUCGACAGAUUUGAGCUUAUCCAUGCUGAUGCAAACGAAUACUUUGAACAUACAACUGAAAAGUUUGAUGGUUUUGUUCUAUCAAAUGUAGGAGAUGCCUAUAACAAGGAAGAUCAUGAUAAAUGGGUAACGAGGGCCAUCAAGCGUGGAAAGCCUGGAAGUAGGGUUACAUAUCUUUCUGGGGCAGGAUUAGACAAAGGAUGGCCUGACGCCCAAAGGGACAAUAUUCACAUUGAACAGGAAUUAUCCAAUAGCCUGUUGCAGGGAGUGGAACGAAGCUUCUACUGGGAUAAUAUGCACAUUGCAACACUGAAAUAACUACAAUUAUACUGUAUAAAAAAUAAACCUCCUCAGAGAAACAAGUAACACUAAAUACAUAUGUAUUAUUGUGUUUUAUGUUUUAGUAUAUGCUGGUGUUUGAUAUUGGCCCAAAAGGAAUUCUCCUCAAUGUUUUUAUUUUCCUUAUAAAUCUGAAGAAGGAGCAUCUACUAGUUGUUUUAUAAUUUUAUUGCCCACACAUAUAUUUUUUGUAAUAUGAAUCUAUCACAUAAAUACAAUACUAGAUAUUAGUCUUCAUUUUCUUACCUCUGUAUAUUCCGUAAUACUGCCUCCAAACAACUUUGGUUGCCCUUUAAUGGUUGUCUUCCCUAACCGCCUUUGUUUCUUAGGCUUUGGGGGUAGGGAGGGCGGUCU